AUGCUUCUAAGUGCAGAUGUGGAAGACGACUCUGCGGACUCCCAGGAGCGCGGCCUUCAGCCACAGCCUUUGCAGCUGAUGAAGGCCUUGCAACGUGUGCAACAGCUUCAAGGGAAGACGGAACUGCACUUAGAUGACCUUCAACUGGAGAGCUUGGAAGCGCUUCUGGAGGUUCAGGUAGAGAGUUGGCAUAGCUCGAGGUUGUGGGAGGUUGCAUUGAGAUCAUCCAGCGCCUUGCCGAAGCAGCUCACCCUGCUGUCCUUGCGCGGCAAUCCCUGGCCACACGGAAGUCGAUGUCUCCGCUGUAGAGGGGGGGGAGAAGGUGUUGAAGCAAGAGGUGACCCUGCGUGA